AUGGGUAUCGACUUGAAAUCGCCCUCUGGGGAAGCUGCCCCCGCUGUGAAUACUAAUCUCGAUGCGGACAAUGUGGACAAGUAUGAUAAAGAGACGGACAGCAUCAUUGAAUAUGAGUCUCAGCCUAAAUGGUGGAAUUCUUCAUUCCUACAAAAGAGGUCUUUCGCGGCCUUUAUUGCCUGUCACAUCCUACUCCUCGCUGCGGUCAUAGCUCUGCGGCUAGUGGACAGGUUCAACGAUGGUAUCGAGACGGCCGAGCACGGCGGGCAUUUCUCAUGGACGUACGGCCCAACAGCAAUUCUCACCGUCGUUGCGGCUUUGUGGGGCCAGGUCGAACACCGCACGAAGCAGCUUUUGCCGUGGGCGAUCCUCAGACAGAACCCGACAGCAGCGUCGGACACGCUUCUGCAAGACUACAUCACGCAGUCGCAGCCGGAAGUACUAGUCCACUCCUGGAAGCGAGCGCAUUGGACUGUGUUUAUCGCGACGGCGUGCUCGCUGCUGAUCAAGUUGAUUACUGUAGCGUCAACGGGCCUUCUGGUGUUGCAGGCGGAACAGGACAGGCCUCGCAACUGCUCACUUACUGCAGUGGAUGGCUUUGGGUCGAGUUUUAAUACCUCCUACCUGGGCGGUAUUCCUGUGUCUAAUAUGAUAGCGCUGGCGCAUCGCAACAUCUCCUUUCCACCAGGCACGUCCGCGGACAUAGCUUUUCCGACUCUGACGGUAGAGGAGGCUUUUCAAAGUGCAGAGAACUUCAGUACACAUGCGACCGUCGAUGCCUUUCAUCCUUUCCUGGAAUGUGAAACCGGGAAUUUCUCUAUCGUAAACGCAAGUUGUAUCGGGAACAGCGGCUGCGUCGGCACAAACACAUAUUUCAAGGUCGACUCGCCAUCAUGCGAGCUUUUUAACGAAAUGGAGCAUGUCCAGACGCUAGCAGACUUCUCCGGCCCCUCCUGGAGCUCGUUGUCCAGUCAAUUGAAUGGCAGGGCGGCGGAAGGCGCCAUCUUUACCGCGAACUGCACAAGUUCGUCAGCUCAACCGGAAAGGCGUCUCAUAGCCGCGGUUGGUUUAAUGGACGUGUCCGUUUCUGAGGGACGUAACGUCACGGUUUCAUUGCUUAACUCUACACUUCUGGUAUGUAAGCCGAGGUAUAUUAUCGGAAAGACGGCGGUUGAGGUCGACAGUGAGGGCACAUUAAUCAGCGGCGGUCUCCUACCUAAGACCCAAUCUUCUGACCCACGUCUCCGGCCCUGGUCUGAUUGGGAGAUGUCCAGGUUCUUUGAGCAGCCAACCUAUCUAAGCACUCUAGACGUUCUCGAAACCAUGGACGAUCUCUCAAACUUCUACAAUUCGGCAUAUCCCAUUUCCUGGAACGAACCCCUCAAGGCUGUUCAGGCAUGGACUACACCGAACAAUAUUACCAAGGUCCUGGAUCCGCAGAAUCUACAAGACUUGGUAAGCAGGACUUUUAGCAUGGUUGUUGUUCAAACUGCAAAACAGUACCUCAUGGAUACUUCGAACCAAACAAUUUCUGGAAUCUGCCGUGCCACUGAACAACGAGUCAGAGUUCACAACUUGUCCUUCUACAUCAUGGCCGUCACGUUGGGUAUACUUCUUCUUUUAACGGCCCUUUUAUGGUAUAUGACGCCACGCGAUGUCGUCAGCAGAGACCCACGGUCUAUUGGAGGGUUGGCAACUAUCUUUGCAAGAAGCGCAUCUCUCUCCAACCAUCUGGCCGAAAUAGGCGCUACUCAACUGGAGAGAAUACGGUACAAAUUACUCGGUUAUCAGUGCUGGACUUCGAUUGGAGACGCUUCGAAAAACUUUGCUUUCAGCAUCGAGAUGAGAUCUGAUCCAGAACUCGUCCGAACGGAGAUACCGGGGUCGAAACUGGAUCCCGAGAAACUUCACUCUACGCAGUGGUGGCAUCCACUCUCACUGUCGCCAGUCUUCAAAUCCGUCGUCAUCGCCAUCCUCAUUGUCCUCAUCAUCGCCCUCGAAAUCACGUACCGCCUGGCCAAAAAGAGCGACGGUCUCGCCACAGUCAGCACCGAAGGAUAUGUUCAUUACGCAUGGUCAUACGUGCCGGCCGCGGUCAUGGUAUCCAUGCAGACCUGCGUGGGGAUGGUUUCGUUUUCGUCUCUCGUUAUCUCUCCGUACUAUGCCUUGAGGCGAAAGGUUUCUGUCGGACGGGAAACCAUUCUCCGCGACUAUCUUUCCCACACGGCCAUCCAAUCCCUAUGGCACUCUUUCCUCAACCGAGACUUCGCUGUAGCCACGAUCGCGUUGUGCAUGCUCCUCACGCCGAUACUUACGAUUGCCGUGAGCGGUUUGUUUACUGCAGCGCAAGUGAAUGAGAUGUGGAACGUUGAUAUUACCGUCGUGAGCAACUUCAAGCAAUCGGGUUUCUCGUUCAAUGAUUCUGCGACUGGCUUGGCGAGCUGGGGUGGAGAUGUCAGCUUCCUCCUUGGGCUCUUGUUCACUCAACAGGUUUCCUAUCCGGCAGGGACGUUUAGAGAGUUUGCUUUCCCCGAGUUGCGCCUUGACAGUGUCACCGGAACCGAUGUCUACCAUGGCGACCUCCCCGCCGAGCGGCAGUUCUGGAACGGAUCGAGCGUUGUUGCAGUACUGCCGGCAAUAAGGGCAAACCUCAAUUGCACAGUUGUAAAAGAGCAUAAUGCGAAUGCUUCUGACUACCUUUUCAAACAGACAUUUCCGUCGCUUCCAGGCUGUCCUGAGAUUGGGUCAUUCCCUACGGGGUACAUGGGCUCAUCCCAGCGCUUUGGCUACUUUUCAUUGGACACCAACAAGUCUUCUAUUCGACCGAAAGGCUGCCCUGACGCAGGCGGAGUUCUUGGACUGAACGAAACUCAUUGGACGGCCUUUGUCUGCGAUAGCUCUUUUGUGGAAUUAGACGUAGCCACCACAAUGCGGCAACGAGACUACAAAGUCACUAACGCCGAACCAAUCGAGAACAGCACACGGCCUUUCUCAAACGCAUCCCUAUCUGGCUCCGGCAUGUCGAUACCCGGCAAUUUUCUGCCCAACACCUUUGGCGGCGACGAUGGCUCCUCGGCUUUCGACUCGAGCUUCCAAGCCAUCAUGGCACAGACGGGCUACGACCCCGGCACCUUCCCAGUCGAGGCCUACCUCGACGACAACGCUGCGCGGCUUUUCGCCGAGCUCGAAAGCUUCUGGCGCAUCGUAAUGGCGCAAGCCGCGAACCGCGCUCUGCGCGUUUCUGCGCCGCCCAGCACGCCUGCCAUCAACGGCACGCUGAUCAACCCCAACAUGUGGCGCCUCCAGCAGAACACCGUUUCCACGCGCGUCUUGCAAGGCUUUUUGGGCGCCAUAACGCUGUGUGUUGCUGUUUCGUUCUACCUCAUGGACACCCGCGAGGUCCUCCCUAUGAACCCUUGCAGCAUUGCCGCCGUUGCGAGUUUGGUGGCCGGGGCGGAGAUGCUGAACCCGGAUGUUACGCCGAAAGGGGCGGAGUGGUUGAGCGAUCAUGAGAUGGAGAAGAGGGGGGUCUGGAGUGGGCAUAAGUUCGGCUUGGGUUGGUGGGGAGAAAAGGAAAGCGUGGAUAGAAGGUACGGUAUUGAUAUGGGGAGAGCGGAGCAUGACUGAUCGGUUGAGGAGUGUGUGGUAUUUACUUGUACGGUUGGGAAUUUGGAUACUAAUCUAUAAUCCCGCUUCCUGGGGCUGCGGCUUCUUUCUUUUC